AGCGCCUGUGCCCGAGGGCAGCGAUGCUGUGGUUCCAGGGCGCCAUUCCAGCCGCCAUCGCGUCGGCCAAGAGGAGCGGCGCGGUCUUCGUGGUGUUCGUGGCAGGUGAUGAUGAACAGGCUACACAGAUGGCUGCAAGUUGGGAAGAUGAGAAAGUGACAGAAGCAUCUUCCAACAGUUUUGUUGCUGUGAAAAUCGAUACCAAAAGUGAAGCCUGCCUACAAUUUUCACAGAUCUGUCCUGUAGUGUGUGUUCCAUCUGGUUUCUUUAUUGGAGACAGUGGAAUUCCCUUGGAAGUAAUAGCAGGAAGUGUUCCUGCAGAUGAACUUGUUACCAGAAUCCACAAAGUCCGGCAGAUGCACUCGUUAAAAGGUGAAAUAUCAGUGGCAAAUAGUGGCCAGUGAGAAAGUUCAGUCUCUACUCCAUCCACCUCAUUUGAUCAGAACAACACUUCUGAAAACUGUCAGUCCAGAAAUGUAGAGCUCUGUGAGACACCACCCACUUCUGAUACAAAGUCAGAUUCUGCAACAGGAGGAGAAAUUUCAGGCCAGGCCACUGUGUCUCCAGAGCCUGGUGGAUGUUCAAAUCAGAGACCUACAGAGGAGCUCACCGUCAGAGUGGAAAGACUAACCAAAAAACUUGAAGAAAAGAGAGAAGAGAAAAGGAAAGAGGAAGAACAGAGAGAGAUUAAGGAGGAAAUUGAGAGGAGGAAAACUGGAAAAGAAAUGUUGGAUUAUAAAAGAAAGCAAGAAGAAGAAUUAACAAAAAGUGUGUUAGAGGAAAGGAACAGAGAAAAGGCAGAAGAUAGGGCAGCUCGAGAGCGUAUAAAACAGAAGAUUGCACUGGACCGUGCAGAGAGAGCUGCUCGUUUUGCAAAGACACAGGAAGAAGUAGAAGCUGCUAAAGCUGCAGCCCUGCUGGCCAAACAGGCAGAAAUGGAAGUCAAGAGAGACUCUUCCGCAACAGAAGGAAGCAGUGUUGCGAGAAUUCAAUUCCGUCUUCCUGAUGGUUCUUCCUUCACAAGUCAGUUCCCUUCUGAUGCUCCUCUAGAAGCAGCAAGGCAGUUUGCUGCACAGACUGUUGGCAACACUUACAGUAAUUUUUCAUUAGCGACAAUGUUUCCCAGGAGGGAAUUUACCAAAGAAGAUUAUAAAAAGAAAUUACUGGAUUUGGAACUUGCCCCAAGUGCUUCAGUGGUACUGUUGCCAGCAGGAAGACCAACUACAUCCAUGGUACAUUCUUCCAGUGGCGACUUUUGGACAUUCUUGGGGACAGUACUUUACCCAUUCCUUGUCAUCUGGAGAUUGAUUAGCAACUUCUUAUUUAGUAAUCCUCCUCCUGCACAGACCUCGGUGAGAGCAGCAUCAUUGGAAUCCUCAAACCUUGCAUCCUCUAGCAACUCAGACAAAAGGGAACCAGUCAGAAAAAGAGUGCUGGAGAAACGGGGGGAAGACUUGAAAAAGGAGGGCAAGAUAUAUAGAUUGAGGACUCAAGACGAUGGUGAAGAUGAAAACAACACUUGGAAUGGAAAUUCUACUCAACAGAUGCAGUGUGACAAGGACAAUAUGUGCAGUAAUCAUUGUUUCUCUUAUGAUUUAAGUCAACUAAAACUCUACUGGAGAAGUGGGACUGCUUUAUGUUUUCCAACUCAUCUACAAAGUGUCUCUUUAUUCCUGCUUAGUGGGUUAAAGUUGUUUAACCUCAGAUAAGUCAAGAGAUAAAAUAACUGGCUGCUAGGUCCUUGUAUAUGGUAAGCAACUGCUAGAAGCCUAAAAUAGCAAAAGGUCUGCGACAGCCUCCCUUUAUCAGCUUUCUUGUUUAGUAUUUCAUAUGCCCAUUAGCCCUGUGCUCUCAGAUGAUAUGUUUUGUUUAGGGCUGUUUUGCUCCAGAACUCCUCAGCCCACACAAAGUAACUGGUGUGUCACUGAAUAAUUUGAUCUUGAGUCAGAGCGUUUUAACUAGCCAAUCAGAUGAUAAUUUGGGUUUAACUUUUCUCUUCUUGCUCAUCAGCUGCAAGCAAAAUCUUGUAGUUUUUAAUCUUACUUAA